AUGAUCGUCGAAUCGUUGAGUCUCAUGGCAGAUGUGGACGUCAAGGCAAAGAAUGUCUUCUUUGGUUGUAACUCAUGUUGCACGGUUCGAGUCCGACAGGAUCUCUUUACUUUGGUCGACGCCACUGGCGGUAUGAGCUAUGAAGGACUCAGCGUUCUGCUUCAUGAAUGUAUUCAAUUACCCAGGCAACUGGGGGAGGCUGGCUUCUUCGGCGGUAGCAAUGUGGAGCCAAGUGUGAAGAACUGUUUUCGUAAGGUGAGAAGUGGUUAG